GGCCUCCUCGCCUGCGCUCCGCCGCUGUCACCCUCCGAGGCGGCCCCCGAGCCUUGUGCGCGUCCUGACCCGACGGAGACCGAGCGUGGGGCAGCGGCCAGUCUGACCCGUGGACCCAGGAGGUGCACACCGUCCGCCUGCUUCUCACGAGUCGCUCCUGCGCGCGAAGGCGGCCAAGGACAUGGGCCCGGCAGAGCAGCCGACGGUCCUUCCGGACCCCCGCGACCCGGGCUCUGUGACCUUUGAGGACGUGUUUGUGUCCUUCUCGCCGGAGGAGUGGGCGAUCCUUGGGGAGACACAGAGGUUCCUGUACUGGGAUGUGAUGCUGGACACCUUGGCACUAGUGGUCACUGUAGUGGACGUGACCUUGGACGUGGACACAGCCAACAAUCACCUGUUCAUUGCUGAGGACCUGAGGAGCGUGGGCUGUGUGUCUUCCCCUCAGACACGGAGGGAGAGUGCCGAGAGGUUCGACCUCUCCAUGUGCGUGCUGGGCUCCCCACGCUUCACCUCCGGCUGCCAUUACUGGGAGGUGGACGUGGGGAGCUGCCAGGAGUGGGACGUGGGCAUCUGCAGCGACUCCGUGAAUCGGAAAGGGCCAAUGAGGCUGAGCGCAGAGUGCGGCUUCUGGACUGUGAGCCGCAGAGACUGUGACGGCUUCACCGCCAGCACCGAGCCCCCGACCUUGCUCCAGGCCCAGCCGUGGAUACAGCGUUUGAGCAUCUUCCUGAACGUGGAUUUGGGGAGCGUCUCCUUCUACAACACCACAGACGGAGUCCACAUCUUCACGUUCACCGAGAUCCCCACCGACAGCCGGCUGCGGCCCUUUUUCGCUCCUAGGAGAGCACUGGAUGGCCAGCAGGGCUUCCUGAGCCUGCCUGCUGUGGCAGCUGAGGGGCACUCUGCCCGCCCCAACCCCAGCCCCUCCAGCUCAGGACGGGUCGACCUCUGUCCACAACAGCCCGCUUAG